GCAAAAGUACAUACACAUCAGGCAUAGUUUCAAAACAGAUGUUACCAGCUGCGGGACAGGACGAGAGGCGAGUCACAGACCGCCGGGUGAUGUAGACUCCCUGUAUACAGACAGUCCCUUCGACAUCCCAAGGAGUUUCUCUAUCAUCACACGCCGGACUUAUGAGUGGGAAAGUGGGAGAGUGUGUGGAGAACAGCGGCGCCUCCACAGAUCCUCCGAAGUAACGGAGACGCGUGUUUUACGGCGUUUCUAUAGGAGAUGCAGAUUUCCUGAUAUGAUAUGGAUCGUCGAGACUAGAGGAAGCGGCGCAGGGGGGGGGGCGCUAUGGUUUGUCUGUCAUUCUGGAGCAUCGGCGUGAUUCCGUGAAAACGGGUGCAAAGCAGGACCAAGUCGGAUAAUGUCCUCCUACCUGGAUUUUGGAAAAGGAUGGACUUGACAGAGCUUCUGCUUUUUUAAGUGAAUCGUGUGGGACUUUGUUAUCUGUUCACUUUUCUGCAAGAAGUGACCAACAAUGGCUUCUGAAGUCGUGUGUGGAUUGAUCUUCAGAUUACUUCUGCCAGUUUGUCUAGCGGCAGCCUGCAUGUUCCGGUACAAUGGCCUGUCCCUGGUGUACCUCAUCUACCUCUUGCUGAUUCCUCUUUUUGCGGACCCGACGAAAACAACGAUGCAGGGCCACACUGGGCGCUUGCUGAAGUCCCUGUGCUUCAUGAGCAUGACCUUCCUGCUGCUGCACAUCAUCUAUCAAAUCACCAUCAACAGCCUCUUGACUAAAGGAAGCAUUGAUUCCAACUUCAGCUGUACUGCGUGGGAGAAAUCCUUACGGCAGCUGGGCUUUGAGAGUGUACAAGGAGCUGACGCCGGCAAUGGCAUACGUGUGUUUAUCCCCGACAUCGGCAUGUUCCUGGCAGGGCUGGCCUCCUGGCUGCUCUGCCGCAGCCUCGCCCAGAAAGCGCCCAUGGAGGACAUGGCCCAGGACAACGCUGACUUUGAGGCAGAUGACCAGGAGGAGCAGGAGAAGGUGGAGAUGGAUGGAGACAUCCUUCUGGAGGAAGACUUCGAGGCGGGGGCAGAAUGCGAAGAGGAUGAUGAAGAACUCGAGGAAGAGGAGGAGGAGCAGGAGGAGAGCCGGAAGAUGAAAAUCCUGCGCAUGGUGGCGGAGGUGGCGUCCAGAGUGAAGGAGAUCAUAGGCAACCUGAUCAGCACGGCUGGCCAAGUGGUCGUCACCAUCCUGCUGGGCACGACCGGCAUCAUGCUGCCAUCACUGACCUCAGCCGUCUACUUCCUGGUCUUCCUGGGCCUGUGCACCUGGUGGUCUCUGUGCCGCAGCUUUGACCCGCUCAUCUUCAGCUGCCUGUGCGUGCUCAUGACCAUCUUCAGCGCAGGCCACCUGAUCGUUUUGUACAUGUAUCAGCUGCAAUUCUUCCAGGAGGCCAUCCCGGCCAACGACACCUACCCGAGUUUAUUUGGCAUCUCACCGAUCGUCCAAACGAGCUGCAAGGAGACGUGGAAGUUCCUGGUCCAUCCUAACCUGAAGUGGCACCAUUUUGUCAAUCCCAUCAUGCUCCUGGUGCUGUAUUAUACUCUGGCCACAUUGAUCCGCCUUUGGCUUCAGGAUCCCAUCGACGCCACAUCAGAAGGAGGAGAGCAGAAUGAAGAGGAGGAGGAGGAGCUAGAGCAAAAUGUGGAGGAGGACAAGACGGCCCAGAGAAGGCGACAUUUGUGGAAAAGGACGCGUCACCCCACAGAGGAGAGGAACCUCAUCUCCACCCAGGAUGGCUACAGCACAUCUGAAGGCAUGGUGGUAACCUCCAAUGGGACCUCUUUCGAUUACAUCGCCCCCAUCAUCACCUGUGAGAACGGCCCUACAGCACUGCACCUCUACUCUACUCCCCAGUACAAAGUGGACCUGCAGGAGCAGGAUUUAGAAGAGAAACCCGAAGUCAUUGUCCCCGAGGUCAGUGAAGCCCAGGAGGAUGCGUCGAUGGGGACAGAGCUGGAGGAGGGCAGCAAACCCAGCACGCUGUCCACGGUUUUCAAGUUCAUCAUGAAGCAGAGCUACAUCUGCGCUUUGAUAGCCAUGAUGGCCUGGAGCAUCACCUACGUCAGCUGGCUGACCUUAGUCUUCCUCAUCUGGUCCUGCACACUCUGGAUGGUCCGCGACAGGCGCAAGUACGCCAUGCUCACGUCGCCAUUCAUGGUUGCCUACGGAAACCUGCUGCUGAUCCUGCAGUACAUCUGGAGUUUUGAGAAGCUUAAUGGCGUGCCAGGACUGUUCCUAAAAUCAGCGGUGCCCUUUCCAGAGCUCAGUUCGAAGAUCCUGUGCCUCCUGAGCUUCUGGCUACUUCUGCGGCAGGCUCUAACUGAGAGACAGGAGAGACUGAAGGCGGAGGCCGAGUUUUCUGCCAUCAAAGUGGAUGACGUGAAGAAGGAGGAGGAUGAAGGAGAUGGUAACGAGGAGAUCAUGCAGGUCCUCGGCAACAUGGUCAUGAACAUGUUUGUCAAGUACUGGAUCUACAUCUGCGGGGGCAUGUUCUUCUUUGUCAGCUUUGAGGGCCUCAUCGUCUUGUAUAAGAUCAUCUACAUGAUGAUGCUUCUCUUCUGUGUUGCCCUAUACCAGGUUCACUAUGAAUGGUGGAGAAGAAUCCUGAAGUACUUCUGGAUGUCUGUGGUGGUUUAUACUAUGCUAGUUCUCAUUCUGGUCUACACCUACCAGUUUGAAAACUCUCCCAUAAUUUGGUCAAAUAUGACUGGAAUGAGCAUGAAAAAACUGAAGGGCUUUGGCCUGGAGAAGUUCUCCGUGCGAGAUCUCUUCACGCGGAUCUUCAUCCCCUCCUGCUUCCUCCUGGUGUGCAUCCUGCACCUCCACUACUUCCACGAUCGCUUCCUGCAGCUCACUGACCUGAAGGCUGUGGUGGCCAAGCAGGAGAGCACUGUUUACAGCCAUGCCAAAGUCAAUGGCCGUGUCUAUCUGAUCGUGAAUAGCAUCAAGCAAAAAAUCCCUACCCAACAGAAUGAACUGGCUCAUCCAGAGGGCAGCUUAGCUGAUAUUUCAAUGAUCAGCCCCUCCUCUGGCACGGAGGUGAGGGAGCCAGAGGGGAACUCACUCACAGAGGGGAUCGUGGAGAAGCUGAAGGAGAAGCAGCUCAAAGAGGAGGAGAGCCGGCACUGCAGUGAAGGCACAGAGGAACCGCCCUCGGAGCAGAGCACAGAUCCUGUAAAGAACAAGUGGCACCUGGUCGUGGACCGGCUGACUGUGCUCUUCCUCAAGUUCCUGGAGGGCUUCCACAAGCUGCAGCUCUUCAUUUGGUGGCUGCUGGAGAUGCACAUCAUCAAGAUAAUCACAUCCUACAUUAUUUUGUUUUGUAUCAAGGAGGUCACCCUGUUUAACUACGUUUUCUUGGCAUCCUGGGCCUUUGCGCUUCCGUACAGCCAGUUCCGACCUUUAGCCUCCAACGUGUGCACCGUCUGGGCCUGCGUUAUCAUUGCCUGCAAAAUGCUGUACCAGCUGACCUUCGUGGAACCCAACAAACAUUCCGUAAAUUGUUCAAAGCCGGAGAACUACUCCGAUAAGGAGUAUCUGGAUGGUUCCCUGCUGUACAACAAAUCUAUAGACCCCUCCAACUGGGUGGGUCUGCAGCAGCAUACGGACCUGCUGGGCAGCCUGAGGGACAACUUUUUGUUGCUGGCCAUCCUAGCUUUCGAAGUGACCAUAUAUCGCCACCAGCAAUACCACCGGUCGAGGAAUAACCUCCCCGCACCUGUCGCUCGGAUUAUCUUCCAUGACAUAACGCGGCAACAUCUCGAUGAUGGCAUUAUCAACUGUGCAAAGUACUUCAUCAACUAUUUCUUUUACAAGUUUGGCUUGGAGACGUGCUUCCUGCUGGCUGUCAAUGUGGUGGGGCAGCGGAUGGACUUCUAUGCCAUGCUCCAUGCCUUCGCUCUGAUCAUAGUCAUGUACCGACGCCGGAGGAAAGCCAUCGCGGAGAUCUGGCCCAAGUACUGCUGCUUCCUGGCCUGCAUGCUGACGCUGCAGUACUUUAUUUGCGUGGGGAUCCCGCCAGCGGCCUGUAAAGACUACCCAUGGAGGUUUCCCAAUUCAAGUGCAAACUCCAACAUCAUCAAGUGGCUCUACCUGCCAGAUUUCUACACCAAACCCAACCCCAUGUUUCUCCUUUACGAUUUCAUGCUGCUGCUGUGCGCCUCCCUGCAAAGGCAGAUCUUUGACGAGGAGAACCAGGCCGCUGUGCGCCUCAUGGCCGGAGAUAAUGUGGAGAUCUGUAGGGAUCUGGAUGCUGCUACCUUCAGCCUGCACAACCCUGUCCCUGAUUUCAUCUACUGCAGGUCUUACCUGGACAUGCUGAAGGUCAUCAUGUUCAGCUACCUCUUCUGGUUUGUCCUCACCAUCAUCUUCAUUACGGGUACCACUCGCAUCAGCAUCUUCUGCAUGGGCUACCUGGUGGCCUGUUUCUACUUUCUACUCUUUGGAGGGGACCUGCUUCUCAAGCCCAUUAAGGAGAUCCUGCACUACUGGGAUUUUCUGAUCGCCUACAACGUGUUUGUGAUCACCAUGAAGAACAUCCUGUCAAUAGCUGCCUGCGGCUACAUUGACUUCCUGGUGAAGAACAGAUGCUGGCUUAUCCAGCUGUUCAGCCUGGCCUGCACCAUUAAGGGAUACUCACGCCCUGAGCCGGAGCCAAGUUGUGAGCUGCCCAGUGACGAGGCCGGAAUCAUCUGGGACAGCAUCUGCUUCGCCUUCCUGCUCCUGCAGAGACGCGUCUUCAUGAGCUACUACUUUCUACACGUUGUGGCCGACAUCCGCUCCUCGCAGAUCUUGGCCUGUAGAGGGGCGGAGUUGUUCCAGGCCAUCAUUGUGAAAGCAGUGAGGGCCAGACUUGAGGAGGAGAACAAGUCCAUGGACCAGCUCAAGAGACAAAUGGACCGCAUCAAGACCCGACAGCAGAAGUUUAAGAAGGGCAAGGAGAAGAUGCUGAGCAUAGCCCAGGAGUCAGGCGAGGGGCAGAGGCUGAUCGAGCAGGAGCAGGAGGAGGACGAGGAAGGAGAACCAGACAAAGAAACAGCCAAGGCCAAAAAAAAGGCGUGGUGGCGGCCGUGGGUUGACCACGCUUCCAUGGUUAGAAGUGGAGAUUAUUACUUAUUUGAGACUGACAGUGAGGAGGAUGAGGAAGACGAUGAUGAAAAAAAAGACGAAGAGCCGCCCAAGAGAUCAGCUUUUCAGAGAGCAAUCCGAAAAUUUGCCUCUGCCUUGUUGGCUUUGCCACGGUCAAUACUUAAGCUGCCCAAAACUAUACUGCAGUAUGUGAUCAGGGCAGCUAAGUUUCUCUACCAUGCCUGGGUCACCAACUCUAAAACUGCCUUAAAGGAGCGUAGCAAAGGCAAGCACAAGUUCUGGAGGAGGUAUACUGGCCGGGGAAAGGCAAAGAAGGACCAGAAGGAGGGGCACGUGGCGAUAGAAAUGGGUGAACCGGAGGAUGAUGACAAUGACGAAGGCGGGAAUAAGUCUGAUGGUCCAGACAACAUCAUCAAGCGGAUCUUCAACAUCAUCAAGUUCACUUGGGUCCUCUUCCUGACUACACUAAACAGCUUCACAGCCUGGCUGAACUCCAUCUGCCAAGAGUAUAUUGAUAUCUCAACCGUUCUGCGCAUGGAACGGUGCAUGCUCACCCGAGAGGUCAAGAAGGGCAAUGUGCCAUCCCGGGAGAGCAUCCACAUCUACUACCAGAGGAAGAUGCGCAGGAACCAGUCCAGGGAAUCAUCACUGGACAGGAUCGAUGAGGAAGACUCCCAGCGAGGCAGGAACAAGCACGGACAGCUAGAGAGUGAGGAUUCCAUGGUGUCACGCGAAAGCAUUUCCAGCGCCUACACUGAGGCCACCAUGCUGUUUUCCCGCCAGUCCACGCUGGACGACCUGGAUGGACCAUCUGAGAGCAUCCCCAAAACCAGCGAGCGUGCCCGACCCAAGCUGCGCAAGAUGUACUGCCUGGACAUCUCCAACUCCUCUGCGGACAGCGGCAGUAGCAUGCUAUCCAGUGAGACCACGCAGUGUAUCAUACUGUCCUCCCGCCAGGGCACCACCGACACCAUCGAGGAGGUUGAGGAUGAGCAGGAAUCUGUGGCAGUGGAAGAGGAAACACCUUGGGGGCCUGCAGAGCACGGCACUGAGGAGGCGCAAGGUCUGUGGUGGUCCAGAGAGCUGGAGGAGGAUCACCAAGGGCCAGAGCCAGGAGAGACAGUGGAACUUCCGCAGGAUAACGGCAGCGACGAUGCCAAGGAGGGAGGGGCUGAGCCAUGUACCCCAGACACUGAUGCCCCCACUGAUGCAGAAGUGCCACCUUCUUACAGCAAGGCUGUGAGCUUCGACCGCAUCUCUGUCAGCUUAGACGAGGAUGGCGAGAAGCGGCUCAUGGCCAUGACUCCCGACGACAGCAGGUCAGACUGUCUGGAUGACAUCGCUCUGCCCUCGCUGAGCCAUGAGCUGACAGCCAGCGAGCUCCUUCUGCACAAGAUGUUCCAUGACGAGGAGCUGGAAGAGUCUGAGCACUUUUACCAGGGGCAGCCUCAGCUGCUGCAGCUGUGCUAUGCCCUCUACAUCAUGCUUGUAGCACACUCGGAGAUGGUCUGCUACUUAGUCAUCAUUCUCAACCACAUGGUCUCUGCCUCUGUGGCCACCCUGGUGCUGCCCGUCCUGAUCUUCCUGUGGGCCAUGCUGUCUGUGCCGCGGCCCAGUAAGCGCUUCUGGAUGACGGCCAUAGUCUACACAGAGGUUGGCAUUGUCAUAAAAUACUUCUUCCAGUUUGGGUUCUUCCCAUUCAACCAGCAAAUGGAUGUGCACAGGAGCAAGCCGUACCACCCUCCCAACAUAAUCGGCACGGAAAAGAAGGAUGGUUACGUUCACUACGACCUGGUGCAGCUGCUUGCCCUCUUCUUCCACAGAUCCAUCCUGAAGUGCCAUGGACUAUGGGAUGAUGGUGAACCCAGCACCUCCCAGAAGGACAGUCUGCAUAGGGAUGACACCGAGGAUCAGGAGCAGAACAUCCCGGCGGCUCAGGAGAAGAAGGGCUCCACCCACUCGCUCAAAUCCAUCAACCUGGCAGCCUCUCAGGAGUCCGUCCAUGUGCACUUCCCAGACCCAGAGACCCACCAGCGCCGCCCAAGUUCCACCUCCGGCUCUCACCUCUCUCGGCGCUCCUCCCACUCCAGGCGCUCCAAGAGAGGAAGCACCAGCACUCACAACAGCAGCAGGAAAAGCGAGAGUGGCCCGCUUCAAAAGAGCCGCAAGGAGUUGUUGCUGGAGAAGCUGCACGAGCAGUUCAUCAAAGCCAGGAGCUUCACUGUGAGGAGAGCCCUGGAGAUCUAUUACCCCAUCCGUCAGUUCUUCUACAACCUGAUCCACCCGGAGUACAGUGCAGUGACUGACGUCUAUGUCCUCAUGUUUCUGGCCGACACCGUUGACUUCAUCAUCAUCGUAUUUGGGUUUUCGGCAUUUGGGAAACAUUCAGCAGCCGCCGACAUCACUUCCUCCCUAUCAGAAGACCAAGUUCCUGGAGCUUUUCUAGUCAUGGUCCUGAUCCAGUUUAGCACCAUGGUAGUGGACAGAGCCUUGUACCUGCGAAAGACAGUCAUGGGCAAGGUCGUUUUUCAGGUUAUCCUUGUCUUCGGAAUCCAUUUAUGGAUGUUCUUCAUACUGCCAGUGGUCACUGAAAGGCGGUUCAGCCAGAACACUGUGGCCCAGCUUUGGUACUUUGUGAAGUGCAUUUACUUCGGCCUGUCCGCCUACCAAAUCCGCUGUGGCUACCCAACCCGUGUACUGGGCAACUUCCUCACCAAGAGCUACAACUACAUCAACCUGUUCCUUUUCCAAGGGUUCCGUCUGGUCCCCUUUCUGACAGAACUUCGGGCUGUGAUGGACUGGGUCUGGACAGACACUACUCUGAGCUUGUCAAGCUGGAUCUGUGUGGAGGACAUCUACGCCCAAAUAUUCGUGCUCAAGUGCUGGAGGGAGUCUGAGAAGAGGUACCCGCAGCCCCGGGGGCAGAAGAAGAAGAAGGUGGUGAAGUACGGCAUGGGUGGCAUGAUCGUGGUCCUUCUGAUCUGCAUCGUCUGGUUCCCCCUGCUCUUCAUGUCCCUCGUCAAAUCGGUGGCUGGAGUGGUGAACAAGCCUCUGGACGUCUCUGUGACCAUCACCCUCGGAGGAUUCCAGCCAAUCUUCACCAUGAGUGCCCAGCAGAACCAGCUGAAAGAUAUGACCAGUAAGAACUUCAGCGAGUUCUUGAAGGAGUUUCAAUACGUAUCAAGUGCACAGCAGUUUCUGGAGGCCUACACACAUGUGGAUGUUACGGUGGCUGAACUAGAAGGCAGUUCCAACUCCCUGUGGACCAUCAGUCCACCCAGCAGGAAGAAUCUGAUAGAGCUCCUGAGCAAAGAGGACUCUUUUCCUGUCACCAUGGCCUGGUCUAUUCAGAGGAACUUGACUCUGGGGGCCAAAGCUGAAAUUGCGACCCACAAACACAUCACCUUCCUUGGAAAUAAAACCAAAGUAGAGCUCAUUUAUCUGCUGAAUGGGACAAGCAAAGGUGCUGUGACGAUACCACAUAUCUUCCCAUGCUACAUGCGAGCUCCCAGUGACUCCGAAGCCAAACCCAUCAGCCAGCUCUACAAAGAUAAUAAGUAUAAGAACAUCACUUUGAGUCUGGAGCGGAAGCAGAAGGACGUCAAUGACACAAAGGAAAUACAGGAGUGGUGGACUGUAAACCAGAUAAAGGUCAGGAAGUACAAGACCGAGAGCGACCAUGACGCUGGAUUGGAGGUGUAUGUGUUCAGUGACCAAGUGAGCCCCCCCAGUUUGGGCUUCCUGGCAGGAUACGGGAUCAUGGGUCUAUAUGCCUCAGUCGUGCUGGUGAUUGGAAAGUUUGUGCGUGAGUUCUUCAGCGGUAUCUCACACACCAUCAUGUUUGAGGAGCUGCCUAACGUGGAUCGCAUCCUCAAGCUCUGCACCGACAUCUUCCUGGUGCGCGAGACAGGCGAGCUGGAGCUGGAGGAGGACCUCUAUUCCAAGCUGAUCUUCCUCUACCGCUCACCAGAAACCAUGAUCAAGUGGACACGGGAGAAGACAAAGUGAGGGUCUGAGGCGGGACCUCAAAUACCGGGGAGGAACCAAGAGAGGAGGGAAAAAAUGAGAGAAUAGCAGCACGAUCCUGUCCACUCAUGGUGGGCGGGGCCCUGGCAACUGAGCAUUUUCCCACCUGCAACGACAAAGACCAGUGACAGAGAUCACAUCGCGGAACCCGCUCCUCUUAUCGCUGUUCCUCUCCAGCUUCAUUUAGACAAUUCUCAGCCAUCAGUCAGGUCUACUCACUCACGGAUUCACAUGAGGGCUACGCAAGUCUCUGGCAAUGUCAGUUUGGGAUUCAUAGAAGAAGCAUGGUGCAGUGGAGAGCCCAGAAAGGCUGCCAUCUACUUGAAGGGACUCCGAUCUUUUCCCCGGUCAAUUUCUGACAAAAACUGAAGGGCAUCGAUGGGCUGACCACUUUUUAGAGACAUUUUACAUUUUUUCUUUAAUGAUAUCCAUAUGAGAAUCCUUACUUGCCUUAUUUUGUUUGUACAGUACAGUCAAAAACCUGUUAACUACAAAGGAAUUUUUCUCAGGAAAAGACAAAUCAUCUCAGCAGAAGGGGAACUGUAUCCAUCUUCAGUGUACUUGAGAGAAGAUCCACGCUGUGGGCAGGACAGGGCAGAGUGAGGAGAACAGGAACGUGGGUCAGAAUGCAGCUGUAGAGCAGUGAUGGGGAGGAGGACAGCAGCAGCAUAUAAGUACAUCUGAGCCCUGAAACGGUCCUCCAGGAGUCUGCAUCAUGUGGAGGUUCAGCGGCAGAGCAAAGGGCCCCAGAGACAGGACCUGUGUGCUAACAGUAACUUUUUAAAUCCUAGUGUUUUUAAAUCAGAUUUUAAGUCAGAUGUAGGCGCCAGGUCCAGUAUAAUCACUGAAGGAAAGAUGCAAGAUCAUUGUGAGCGUUUAGCAGAACCUGCGGAAGAUGAGAGGAAAGACAGCCCAAACUAUGCAUCAGAAACAUUGUAGCAUGAAUGAAAAAUUAAAUUAUUGCUAUGAAUAAUUUUCAUUCCAUGUACAUAAUACAUUUUUGGCAAAGAAAAAUGUGAAUAUCAAUUUCACCGUGUACCUGUAUGUUUGACGGAUUUGUGGCAAGGUCCAGUGACCUAGAAAUAAAGCAGAUGGUGGGAAGGUU